CACACACACACAAAAGCCGAAGCUUCUUUAUUCUGUUUGUGGGGAAAAAGAAAAGGGAUCUAGAGUAAAUACACACAUCUUCCUGUGCCUGCAAAUUUUAUCUACCAGAUAAGUACAAAAUCAAUUGUUUAUUAAUUAGCCAGAGAGACAGCCUACUUCACUCCACAAACCAGUAUCACUAGCCACCCAAUAUUAUCAGCUUCUUCUUGAUUCCUCGAGUAAAUAUUCUGUAGAAUAUUAUUUAUUCUUUGUAAUCAUAGUACACGUAAUUGAGGGAGUAAAAUAUUCCCUUUCCUUGUUUAAGAGAUAUGUACAUAUUAAGUCUUCGAACCCAUUUGGCUCUCUCUUCUGAAAUGGCAAUGGGAGCAUCACCCAAAACCAGGCCUUCAUUGCCUUCAAUUUUCUUGCUCUGUUUGGUUUUGUCCUGUGGAAUUCCAUCAACCCAGUUUGCCAAUGCAGCCAAUCCGCAAACACCCAUCAAGACUGUUGUGGUUUUGGUACUGGAAAACAGAUCCUUCGACCACAUGCUUGGGUGGAUGAAGCGAAUCAAUCCAGCCAUUAAUGGUGUCACAGGGAAGGAAUGUAACCCAGUAUCCACGAAGAGCCCCAGUACACAAUCUGUCUGCUUCUCUAAUGAUGCUGAGUUUGUGGAUCCGGAUCCGGGACACUCCUUUGAAGCUGUGGAACAACAGGUAUUUGGGUCUGGCUCUGUUCCUUCAAUGACUGGUUUUGUUGAGCAAGCGCUGACAAUGUCUCAGAAUCUCUCUGAUACUGUUAUGAAGGGAUUCAGGCCUGAGUCUGUGCCUGUUUAUGCAACUCUUGUGAAUGAAUUCGCGGUAUUUGAUAGGUGGUUCUCAUCAAUUCCUGGUCCAACACAACCCAAUAGACUAUUUGUCUACUCUGCUACUUCACAUGGCUCAACAAGCCAUGUCAAGAAGCAACUCGCUUCUGGUUACCCACAAAAAACAAUCUUUGAUUCAGUUCAUGAGAAUGGUAUGAACUUUGGUGUUUAUUUCCAGAACAUACCCACAACUCUGUUCUAUAGAAAUAUGAGGAAAUUGAAGUAUAUAUUCAAGUUUCAUCCAUUUGGUUUGAAGUUCAAAAAAGAUGCCAGAAAUGGGAAGCUACCUAGCUUGACUGUAAUUGAGCCAAAGUACUUUGAUCUUAAAGGAUUGCCUGCAAAUGAUGAUCACCCAUCUCAUGAUGUUGCUAAUGGACAGAAGUUUGUGAAGGAGGUUUAUGAGACAUUGAGAGCAAGUCCUCAAUGGAAUGAGACUCUUUUGGUAAUUACUUACGAUGAGCAUGGUGGGUUCUUCGACCAUGUCAAGACUCCUUAUGUGGAUGUUCCUAAUCCAGAUGGGAACACAGGGCCUGCCCCUUCUUUCUUCAAGUUUGAUCGGCUUGGCGUUCGAGUUCCAACAAUUAUGGUCUCUCCUUGGAUCAAGAAAGGAACUGUGGUAAGUGGCCCCAAGGGACCUGCUCCAAACUCAGAGUUCGAGCAUUCUUCAAUUCCUGCAACCAUAAAGAAAAUGUUCAACCUUUCCUCCAACUUCUUAACACACAGAGAUGCUUGGGCUGGCACAUUCGAGGGUGUGGUUGGAGAGUUAACCUCUCCCAGAACUGACUGUCCAGUGACCUUACCCGACGUGACACCAUUAAGGACUACUGAAGCAAAUGAGGAACGAGAGCUGUCAGAGUUUCAGGGCGAGGUGACGCAACUGGCAGCAGUUUUAAAUGGUGACCAUUUCUUGAGCAGCUUCCCAGAUGAGAUGAGCAAAAAAAUGAGUGUGAAAGAAGCUCACGAGUAUGUUAGAGGUGCUGUUAGCAGAUUCAUUAGAGCAAGUAAAGAGGCCAUCAAGUUGGGAGCAGAUGAAUCUGCCAUUGUGGAUAUGAGAUCAUCUCUCACAACUAGAUCUUCUGUUCACAAUUAGUGUGAUCCAGCCUUUGUGAUUUGUAGUGCAGACUACAGAGGUUUUAAUAUCAUUCAUUUAUGCCUGCCAUCAUAUUUGAAAGUGUGAAAACCGAAGUUUCAACUGGUAUGUCAUUUGAAUCUGCAAAUGAGUUGUGUGCAUAUAUGCAAUAGAAGAUUUAACCUGAUAA